UCCCGACAGGGCCCUAACCUGAUUAUUAAUCAGCCCGACGAGCUGCUGGACAGCAUGUCCGAGUGGUGCAAGGAGCAUCACGGGAAGUCUGGCCUUACUAAGGCUGUGAAGGAGAGUAAAAUUUCCUUGCAGCAGGCAGAGUACGAGUUUCUGUCCUUUGUACGACAACAGACACCCCCGGGUCUCUGUCCCCUUGCAGGUAACUCUGUUCAUGCAGAUAAGAAAUUUCUUGACAAAUACAUGCCUCAGUUCAUGAGGCAUCUUCAUUACAGGAUCAUUGAUGUGAGCACUGUCAAAGAACUUUGCAGACGCUGGUAUCCGGAAGAAUACGAGUUUGCACCAAAGAAGGCGGCUUCUCACAGAGCACUCGAUGACAUCAGGGAAAGCAUCAAAGAACUUCAGUUCUACAGAGAUAGCAUCUUCAAGAGGAAAACGGAUGAAAAGAAAAGGAAACUAAUAGAGAACGGAGAAAGCGAUAAAACCGCCAGCUGAUUUCUCCUCUUACCACGCCAUCCCGCGGCACGUACUAGAUGUGUCUCCUGGUUCUUUUCUGUUUGCCACUCUCGAGAAGCUGCGCCCUUCAGUUACCUCGUUUCUUAACAGCUGUUGAAAUGCAGAUGGAAGCCCGAGUUACUGCUUCUUUUCUGUUUGAGCAAGGAAUCGACACGCUCGAGUCUCAGCAGCUUCCUUGUUUGUAUGUACUAGGUAAAACACGCUGUUUGAUACUCCUCUUCGUCUGGUUUUAGAUGCAGCCUUUCACUAUACAAUAAAAUCAGUUCUGUUGAA